AUGCACCAGCACACCCAUUUAUUGCUCAAAUACUCAAUUUAUCGUAUUUUUCAGGAUACGACAUCCAAUUUAACGAUGACUACACGGAAGAAGGUCUCUGAAGCGACACCACUCAAUGGAGCCGAGCGGAGCGACAAGUGCACGAGCAUCGCGAGAAGCGACAAGAUCAAGAACACUGUCGAACUCAAGGCAAAGCCGUUUGGACCUUUUUCUCGAGUGUUUGACACGGAUACGACGCAAGCCGAGAUCUACGCCGACUUGGUGUCUCCUCAAAUCAAGAAAGUGAUCGCUGGAUUCAACUGCACAGUUUUCGCUUACGGACAAACUGGAACGGGAAAGACGUUCACGAUGGAAGGAGGGCGUACGGAUGCCAAGAGCUCACAAGACGAUCCGACCACUGGGAUUAUUCCACGAGCUGUUGAGGACAUUUUCGAAAAGUUGGAAUCAUCAAAAUGUGAGGAAUACUCGUUGCGAGUCAGCUACGUGGAAUUGUACAACGAAGAGCUCUUGGAUCUUCUGGCAUCUUCGGACGACGAAGACCGUGAACGUCUUCGCAUUUUUGACGAUCCCCAUAAAAAGGGAGUGAUUGUGUCGGGAGUCGAAGAAGUGCCGGUCAGAAGUCGUUCAGACGUCUUCAAAUUGCUGAAAACUGGAGCCGAGAAGCGGAAGACGGCAGCCACACUAAUGAACAUGAACAGCAGCAGAUCUCACAGUCUGUUCAUGGUCAAUGUGGUUGUAAGAGAAAACACGAACACUGGAGAGGAGUUGGUGAAGCAAGGAAAGCUGAACCUCGUCGAUUUGGCUGGAUCUGAAAACAUCGGACGAUCAGGAGCUCAAGGGAAUCGUGCCAAGGAAGCUGGAUCGAUCAAUCAGUCACUUUUGACACUUGGAAGAGUCAUCCGAUCGCUCACCACCAAUGCUCAACACGUCCCAUACAGAGAGUCGAAGCUCACAAGACUUCUACAGGACAGUUUGGGAGGAUCCACCAUCACUUCACUCAUCGCAACUCUCUCACCAUCGAGCUCAAAUUUUGAGGAGAGUCAGAGCACACUGGAGUACGCCAUGAGAGCAGCGAACAUCAAGAAUAAGCCAGUGUGCAAUACGAAGGUGUCAAAGAAGACGAUUCUCAAAGAGUACUCGGAUGAGAUUGAGAAGUUGCGUCGGGACUUGAGAGCGGCUCGCGAGAAGAACGGAGUCAUCAUCAGUGAAGAAUCGCACGAGGAAUUCCAACGCAACACUGAAAAGGUGAAUGAGCUCGAACAGAAGUUGGAUAGCGCAGUGGACAGACUUCGACGAUACACAGAGGAUCUGUUGUACAUGGAUGAUCAGUACAAGCAGCUGUAUGAGCGGAAGGGAGAGCUGGAGAGCCGUCUAAGAGAAAGUCAUCGCGAGUAUGCUGAGAAAGUGGUGGAGCUCGCGGAAACGAACGACGUUCUCAAUAAGAACAUUGAAGCGAUCGGAGUGAUGCACACCAACGCGUUGAAGUCAUUUGAUCAGCUAUUGCAAUCUCGAGAAGCUGCCGAUGAGUUGACGACCGACAUUGCGGCGUUUUGGAGAAAAGUGGACGACAUGGGAGCUGCUGACGAUCGGAAUAAGGAUAUUUUCGAAGCAUUCAGGCGGAAGCUUCUAUCAUUCCAGAUGACCUCCUUCAUCGAAAAGACUUCACUCCAAGCAGAAGCGUUCGCCAAUGAUGGGAGAAUGGCAUCAGAAGAGUUCGUGCAUGAAGUGACGCCACAUGUGAAGACGUUUGGAUCUGUUGCGGACAGCAUCGACCAAAGUUCUAAGGAAAUCCAGACAUCACUCAUGAAUGUAUUCCAACAGACUACCGAGAUCGAGGAGAAUGCGGCCAACACCAUCAAUUCGCUGUCUAACGACAAUCGUGAGCAAUGGGAUGCUGUUCUGAAGACGUGCGUUGAGUACUACAAGGCUCACGCAACGAGAUCAGAGGAAUUGAGUAAGCAGCUGACGGAGAAGCUUGCAGAGAUCAAACGACAAGUCGCUGCAUUUGCCAAUGAUGUGAGACCGUUGCUCACUGAAAUUCGGAACACCACUUCGGAUAGCUUCGAGAAGAGAGUUCAGCAGAGCGACGAAAACGUCGCUGAAGUCAAGAAGACGUGCUCGGGGAUGGCGGAGACUCUGAAGAUGUUGAUGCAGCAAGUGGAACAGUUGUCAGUGAAAGCAGAGGAGAAUCAUGAGAGACAACUCAUUGGUGAUCAGAACACUCAAGAAUCCAUUCUCUCGACAAUCAACGCUGCUGAAAAUGUCAUCCAAUCGGUUGAAGACGUCAUCGAGGAGUGUUGCGAUGUCAAGGAAGUUGAAGACAGUGCACGUGGGGAUCUCGAUGAUAUCGAUAUGGAUAUGGAGAACGCGGUUAAGGAGGCAAGAGAAAGAGCUGUGGAGAAGGACCGAGAGGUGAAGAAGGUGACAAGCACGCUUCUGGAGAAGGCCAAUGCGAUUCGUGAGGAGACGACUGCUCAAGUUGAGGCUGCACUUGGCAGAUACUCGACAACGAGUGAAACAUGCCGAACGACUGGCGAAAGCCUCCAGACGAAGGUCCAGGAGUCGUUAGAAAGAACGAUGUCACUCUUCACAAUGUUCGCUGAAGCCACGCACAUCGUCACUGAAGAGGCCACCGGAGCCAUCAAUGCAGUCAAAAUGACAUUCGUCGACCCAUCGAACAAUGUACCGCCGAGAAUCAUUCCCGAGUACCCAGCCAGUGAGAAGCUCGUGAAACCCGUGGAGCCGGAGACAUUGCUCGGAAUGGAGGAGGACGCUGAGGACGGAAGCGACGGAGAGCUCGCGAAAAAGAAGCGUCGUGUGACGGCGUUCGUGAGAAGGGACAGCCUCCUGGACUCGACGAACUUCUUCCCAAGUCCAAACGCGAUUCAGAAGCGGAGAGAAGCGCCGAUCGAUGAGGAGGAAGACACUGAAAACUAA